CGUGGAAGUUGCUGGCUGACCAGGCUUGGGGUCCGCCUGGCUACCGGAGGCCGGCGGCGGCGGAGGGGGCGGCGCCCAGGCUCAACUAGGAGUCGUUGCCGAGUCCCGGCCCGAGUCUGAGGAUAGGCGAGGGCGCGGCGGCGGUCCAUCAUGGGUGGCUUUUUCUCAAGUAUUUUUUCCAGUCUCUUUGGAACCAGGGAAAUGAGGAUCUUAAUUUUGGGAUUAGAUGGUGCUGGGAAAACAACAAUUUUGUACAGAUUACAGGUUGGAGAAGUUGUUACUACUAUUCCCACUAUUGGAUUUAAUGUAGAGACUGUGACAUACAAAAACCUAAAAUUCCAAGUUUGGGACUUGGGAGGACAGACAAGUAUCAGGCCAUACUGGAGAUGUUACUAUUCAAACACAGAUGCAGUCAUCUAUGUAGUUGACAGCUGUGACCGAGACCGAAUUGGCAUUUCCAAGUCAGAGUUAGUUGCAAUGUUGGAGGAAGAAGAGCUGAGAAAGGCCAUUUUAGUGGUGUUUGCAAAUAAGCAGGACAUGGAGCAGGCCAUGACACCCUCAGAAAUGGCAAAUGCACUUGGCUUACCUGCCCUGAAGGACCGAAAGUGGCAAAUAUUUAAAACAUCAGCAACCAAAGGCACUGGUCUUGAUGAGGCCAUGGAAUGGUUAGUUGAAACGUUGAAAAGCAGACAGUAAGUCCAUUCACAUCAGGUCCUGUGAAGCAAAUGCCACGUCACACACUCACUGCAAUCAGCCAGAUGUGCUUCUGUGACUGUCAGAACUGUGUGAUUGCUGGCAUGUACAGAACUGACUCCAAUGUUUGUAAUAAAUACAAAAAAAACCACAAGUAUUUGGUGAAAGGGUUAGCUUGAUUGAAUUACCCAAAUGGUUUAUGUAAUGUAAAAUAUUCUUCCUUGCUUUCUUGUGUUAAGGCAUAUGUUCUAUUUGUAUGGAAUUCUUACUCAAAUACAAUUCUAUUAAAGAAUGUACACUCUUGGGGGGAACCCUCCUAUUUUUAAA